AUGCUCUUCCGUCUACGAUCUGUUGUUUCAAUCGCCAGAAGCAGCUUUCCCCAACGUCGAUUUCAUUCCUCUUCUACAAUGGCUUUUCUCGGCGCCGAUAAGAGACACAAGGUCACCGUGGUGGGCUCUGGUAACUGGGGCUCUACCAUUUGCAAGAUUGUUGCUGAAAACACAAAAGCCCACCCCGACCUGUUUGUGGAAGAUGUCCACAUGUGGGUUUACGAAGAAGAUGUCGUCCUCGACAAGUCCUCACCAUACUAUGACCCCGCUGUUGGCGACUCUCCGCAGAAGCUGACGGCCGUCAUCAACAAACACCACGAAAACACAAAGUACCUCCCCGGUAUCAAGCUCCCCAGCAACAUCAUUGCGAACCCUUCUCUUCAGGAUGCCGUCAAGGACUCCUCCAUCCUCAUCUUCAACCUUCCCCAUCAGUUUAUUGGCAACGUCUGCAAGCAGCUGCGCGGCCACAUUCUCCCCUUUGCCCGCGGCAUCUCCUGCAUCAAGGGUGUAAACGUGACCGAUGACGGCAUCUCGCUCUUCUCCGAGUGGAUCGGCGAUGGUCUCGGAAUCUAUUGCGGUGCCCUCUCCGGUGCCAACAUUGCGUCCGAAAUCGCUGCCGAGAAGUGGUCCGAGACCACCAUUGCCUACGAUCCCCCGCCGAUGGACAACUCCCGUGCGCCCACCCCGCGUUCCACCUCACCUAACGGCAACGGUGUUGCGCCCUUGACGCCCGUUGACAUGCAGCACAAGGACGCCCGUGGCCGCACCUCCAAGACGAAGCUCACCCCCGUCCCGGCCGAGUACCCACCCCUCGACCACCAGAUUUUCAAGACCCUCUUCCACCGUCCCUACUUCCACGUCCGCAUGGUUUCCGACGUUGCCGGUGUCUCCCUUGGCGGUGCCCUCAAGAACAUUGUCGCGCUGGCGGCAGGCUUCGUCGACGGCCGCGGCUGGGGUGACAACGCCAAGGCUGCCAUCAUGCGCGUGGGUUUGCUCGAGAUGGUCAACUUUGGAAAGGAGUUCUUUGGAGAAACGGUGCACGCGGGCACAUUCACCGAGGAGUCGGCCGGCGUGGCGGAUCUGAUUACCUCUUGCAGUGGCGGUCGCAACUUCAGGUGCGCCAAGAUGGCUGUCGCAGAGGGUGUCAGCGUCCAGGAGAUUGAGAAGCGCGAGCUCAACGGCCAGCUGCUGCAGGGUACCAGCACGGCAAAGGAGGUGAACAGCUUCCUCAAGGCGAGGGGGCUGGAGAAGGACUACCCGCUAUUCACCGCCGUGCACGGCAUCCUCGAAGGACGGUACAGCGUUGACGACAUCCCGAGUUUGGUCUCGGAUAGUUAG